AUAGCUACCUGCGAAUCAAGAGAGGGGUUUUAGGUUUAGGGUUUGUAAUGGCCUGCACAAUCGAUUUCAGGUGUCUGGACGAAGGCUUCGGCGGCAAAACGUACAAGAGAAAGAGAUCUGAACAAGCCGAAGAACUCAAUCGAUCAUCAUAUGUCCAACAACAAAAGAUCAGCGAUGGUUCCAGCUCCAUGGAGAUGGAGAUCGAGGAGGGCAAUCCUCCUCCUCCUCCAUCAAAGAGACAAGCAGUGUCUUCCUCAGAAGACCCUAACAAGCCCGUAUUCGGAAAACCUACAUACGACGGAGUAAUCACUGGAAAGGUGUCGGGGCGCAACUGGAAGCAACCCAGAACCCACCGUGCCUCUGCGAUGAAGGUGAGUCGAAACAACACAAGUUUUGAGCAGAGGAUGAAGCAGAAGGAGAUAAAGAAGGCGUACAAGGAGAGGAUGACGGAGCUCAAGGAGGAGAUCAGGCAGAAUAAGGUGGAGAAAAGGAAGAAGAGGGAGGAGAGAGAGAAGAAGAAGCAGGAGAACAUUCUCAAGUCUGGUACUAAGCUCCAGAAGAUUACGAACCCCAAGACCCUCAAGAAGAUUGCCAAGUCCAAGCAGAGGAAGCUCCUCAAGGUUGUUCCUGAUGAUCUGCUCAACAAGAAGUAAGCAUCCAUGCCAAAAAAAAAAGCAAGGAAAUUUUUGAUAAUUGAGCUGCUUUUUUUUUUUGUACCGAUGAAAACAUAUAUGUUUAAUUUUAUUGUUUUAAUUUUCUUUUUUCUUUUUUUGUUUUUUGUUUUUUUUUUGUUUUUCCUUUUUAACUCUUGGAUAAUUGUCCUUGUUGCGGUCAUAUCAAUCAAGAGGAAUCUAAUUGUUGUUUAUUUUAUUCUAAAAAUAGCUUCUUGCACUC